AAAUCUCACACCAAACCCUAUUUUAAUCUCUUCCCUUUCAGUUCCGUCUUUUGCUUUUGCUCCAUUUUCCAACGACACUCUCUCUAUUAACUCUUGUUUUUAUUCACCGAUCCGACAACACCAGAAGAAGAUAAAACGGUUCACCGUCUUCGAAGAAUAAAACAAUCGAUGGGAAGAUCCCCAGCUUCUUCUUGUCUCCGUAUCAUCGCUUGCGCCGGCGGAGACGACGCCGCCGAGCCUGCGGCUAAUUCUCUAGAGAGUAAGAGCUCUGGUGAUAAGCGAGGAUGGAGUUUCAGGAAGAAAUCUGGGAAGCAGCGAGGGGUGACGAUCACUAGCGUUGCUGUCUCUGAGACUAGUCCUGCUUCUAGGACUAGAGAGACUCUUGAGUCUGCUCUUCUCAAGUCUCCUUCUCCUGACUAUAAUAACGUUGUAGAUGAAAAGCAGACGUUCUCUGUUGUUGAUGAUGAGAAGAAGAAGAAGAGUCAGUUGCCUGUUGCCUAUGUAGAUUUGAACAAAGCAACGGAGGUGCCUGUUGUUGUGGAAUCAAAGGGGACUGAAACUGAGGAGGAUGAUUUGAUUGAGAAUGAAUUGCAAUCUAAGCUGGAAGGAGCAGAUGCAACUGUGAUAGAGAAAGACAGUACUCCUGAGGUUGAAAAAGAUGAUGUGAUCAUUAUUAGAAAAGAAGUUGAUGAUUCUGUUGUCAUUAUCAUCCAAGCUGCUAUACGUGGAUUCUUGGCGAGAAGAGAGCUUUUGAGGCGCAAGAAAGUUGUGAAACUUCAAGCUGCUGUACGUGGCCACCUCGUUAGGAACCAGGCCAUGGGAUCACUGCGUUGUAUCCAAGCUAUUGUCAAAAUGCAGACGCUGGUCCGUGCUCGUCAUUCCGCCAAAGAUGGAAGCCGUGUUUCAGCUAUCUCGGAUAAGGCGGAGACAAAUGCAGCAGCACAAAAGCUUCUCGAGAACAAGUUUGCUAAACAUCUAAUGGAGUCAACUCCAAAGACGAAGCCUAUCAGCAUUAAGUGUGAUCCAACAAAGCCUAGCUCUGCUUGGAGCUGGUUGGAGAGGUGGAUGUCUGUUUCAAAGCCUGAGAAGACUCCAAAACCAGAUUUGGCGACGGAAGAGACCAACAAUGCCAAGGUAUCAUCUCAGGUUGACUUGGUGAGCUCUGACUCAACCUUAGAGACCGAAGCUGAAACUGGUUUCUCAAGUAAGGUAGUAGACCAUCAUGUGGAGCUAUCUGAGACAGAGAAAACGAGCCAAUGUGAUUCACCGCAAGCAUCUGUAGAGGUUGAUCAUGACUUGAUGAUCCAGUCUCAUCCACCUGCUGCUAAGGAUACCGAAGCUGGAUAUGUGGAUGAACAGCCUAAACAUUCUUUGAAGCGCAAGGCUAGUAAUCCUUCUUUCGCUGCAGCGAAAUCAAAGUUUGAGGAGCUAACUUCAUCAUCUGCUGGUUCAAACAAAGCAAUGACGCUUUCUUCUAAAGAAGGCAAAACGGAUAUAGAUUCUUUAGAGGCUGACACUACAACCACUAAAAAGGAUCAGUCUGUGGAAGAGGUUGCUCCAGCGGAGAACAAUGGAUCUGAGUGUGGAACUGAACUCUCUGUAACUUCUUCUCUUGAUUCACUUGACAAGAAGUCAGACUUUGAGGGUGCAGAGUCCAAGGUUGAAGCUAAGCUUCUAGAAAACGGCACUCCCAAAACAGACCAAGCAGAGCUGAUUGAAAUUGAUGUGAAUUCUAAAACUCCUUUGACCACUGUAGAGAACUCUAAGGAGAAAGCUGAGAAUGUUAAGGCUGAAGCUGAGGUUUCAGUGACACAGCAUGAAUCGGUUAUCACUACACCAGAUUCCAAAAAGAGACGUGCAGAAGAUGAAUCAGGUCCUCAAGCAAACUCGUUACCUGAGGAAGCUGUAACUCCGAUGACAAUCACCGAAUCUCAGGCAACACCGGCGAGUCAAGCAUCUUCCUCUGUUAAUGCAAGAAAGGAAAAAUCCGGUAAGAGUGGUUCAAGCCAGAAGAGGAAAGUUAGCAAGAAAAUAGCUUCAAGUCCCAAACAGGAAAUGGAUACCACAACAGAACAAGAAGGGAAAGAACAGAGAAGCGGGAGAAGAAACUCUUUUGGGUAUGAUCAAGAAGCAAGAGAUAGCUGCAGCGGAGGGAAAAACUCUAUUCCGAGGUUCAUGCAGCCAACACAGUCGGCGAAAGCUAAGGUUCAGGAACAUAACUCACCGAGAUCAAGCCCUGAUGUUCAGGAAAGAGAGGUUUCGGUCAAGAAGAGACAUUCAUUGCCUGUUGUUGCUAACGGGAAACAAGUAUCUCCUAGAAUCCAACGGUCUGCGUCUCAAGCACAACCGGGAACAAAGGAUAGAAAAUGGCAGAGAUGAAGAUGAUCAAAAGGAAAAUUUGCAAUAUUUUGAUGUUUGGUAUGUUUGUUUUUCAGACAAUCCUUAAAACUCUAAUUUUCAGACAACCAAAGUGACAGAGAAAGAGCCGAGAGUGGAGGGAGUGGAGGGAGGAUAGUCUUUUGUAUAGAGAGUAAUUUCCUUGUUCUUUCUUUAUUGGAUUAUUUGGUUUGGUUUGGUGUUUGUUUAUUUGUUUGGAGUUUGGACAUAAGAGUAUUUUGGUUAUUCCUAUAUUUUCUACACAUUUCU